CUUUUGGUCUUAAAGGUGGUAGGGCAUGUUAUGUCUAGUAACAAACAAAGCAUACCAUGUGAAAGUUCAACAAGUCCUUCACCUGAUGUGUUCCUUAAUAUUCUUCAAUAACCUCUCAAUAUUCACCAUCUCAUUCUCACCUUCAUAUCACAUAUCCAUUUCUUUAUAGCAGCUAGGUUUAGAAGCUCCUAUAUAUACCCAAGUAACAGAGACAUACAUUUCAAGCCAAAGUAAAUCAUUCCAAACAAAAUUAGCUAGACUUAUCAUUUUCCUGAAAUGGGUAUUCAACUGAUGGGGAUAGCUCAUGCCAAACAAAAGCUUCAACGCAGUCUUUCAGCGAAAAUCGCAAGCGUUUUGGCUACUAGUAGUAAUAGUGUUCCUAAAGGCCACAUUGCUGUUUACGUUGGAGAUGGGUAUAGAAAGAGAUUUGUAAUUCCAAUAUCGUUUUUGAACCAUCCUUUGUUCUUGGAUUUGCUUCAUAAAGCAGAAGAAGAGUUUGGAUUUGAUCAUCCAAUGGGCGGUCUUACGUUACCUUGCACUGAAGAGUAUUUCAUUACUCUAACUUCAGUUUUAAGUUCAUAAACAAACAAUUUGAGACGACUAAGUCUGUCUCAUUUUUUGUUUUUCUUCAUCUUAUUCUUCUUGGAUAAAUUAAUUAGUUCAGUUUCAUUUAGAUGUUAUAUAUGAUUUGUAAAUUAUCAAUUGUUUCUGUUGUAGAAUUUUUGAUAAGAACUUGUUUUUUAUUACUAUAAAAAUUCAAACUUUUACCAAGCA